AUGGUAGCCAGAAACUUGUUCACCGUAAAUAGGACUUUAACAACAGUGAAACAGAGUUCAAAAUAUGCAAGUGUUGUGAUAAGGAAACAUAGUGUUUGGACUCAGGAUAGAGUGAUCAAGUCCCCUUUCAAAGAUGUUCAUAUACCUAACUGUACGUUGUAUGAGUACAUUUGGCAAAAUCUUGAUAAGUGGCCCGAGAGGACUGCGUCUGUCUGCGCAGCGACCGGCAGAGGGUAUACCUACGAGCAAGCGUUCAAGUUAUCAAACAGAUUUGCUGCAAACCUUAGGACGAAAUUCAAGAUCCAAGAUGGAGAUGCCGUGGCAGUGAUGUUACCAAAUAUUCCAGACUAUCCUCUGGUGUCUCUGGGGAUAUUGGAGGCAGGAGGAGUUAUUACUAGCAUCAAUCCCAUUUAUACUGCUCACGAAGUCCAACGCCAGCUAAAACUGUCUGCAGCAAAGAUGAUUGUCACAUUACCAGAGAUCGUACCAACUAUAAAGGAAGCCUUGAAGCUUGCCCAACUAGACAUUCCAAUAGUUGUAGUAAAAACCAAUGAUAGUCCAGUUCCUGAAGGUACAGCACUUUUCAACGAACUGAGUGAAGAUAUUCAUGCUAAUAAAUCUAUAUUAAAACAAGUAAGAAGGACUGCCAACGACGUUUGUUUCCUACCAUACUCUAGUGGGACUACAGGACUGCCAAAGGGCGUGGAACUCACCCAUAGAAACAUCAUAGCAAACUGCGAACAGAUCAAUGAACCAAUUAUUGCUAUGCACAAAGAAACAACAGCCACUCAUCAAGAUGUUGUGAUGGGUGCGUUGCCAUUCUUCCACAUCUACGCAGCGACAGUCCUCAUGUUUCACAAGAUGUCCGUCGGAGCCAAACUAGUUGCUUUAGCCAAAUUCCAACCUGAAGCAUUCCUGAGUUGCAUUGAGAAGCAAAAGACUAACGUAUUGAUGGUGGCGCCGCCUUUGAUUCUCCUGAUGGCAUCUCACCCAGCAGCCACUGCGAAGACCCUGGAACCUAUAGACGUCAUAUGUAACGGAGCAGCUCCUUUAGCUGGUAGUGACGUGGAACGAUUGUUGAGACGGAUGCAGCGCGAUGUAGACUUCAGACAAGGUUAUGGACUGACUGAGACGUCUCCAACAUUAACAGUUACUCCUAAAGGGCUGAUCCGGUAUGAAGCAACUGGACCACCCGUAGCGAAUACCGAGAUGAGGAUCGUGGACUCGGAUCUCAAGAACUUGGGUCCUAAUGAGACCGGUGAGAUCCUUGUGCGAGGUCCUCAAGUGAUGCGAGGCUACAAAGACAACCCUGAAGCCAAUAAGGAAACUCUCGUAGAAGGCAACUGGUUCAGGACUGGUGACUUGGGCGUCGCUGAUGAAGAUGGUAUUCUUGUUAUUGCUGAUAGGCUCAAAGAGCUAAUUAAGGUCAAAGGCUUCCAAGUGCCUCCAGCAGAACUGGAAUCCGUUUUACGAGAACAUCCCUCGGUCAACGACGCAGCUGUCAUUGGAGUUCCUCAUCAAACCAAAGGAGAAUCACCAAAAGCCUUCGUAGUACUUAAGAAUGGUCACAAAUGUACUCCUCAGCAACUCAGCGAGUUUGUCAACGAGAAAGUAGCAGCUUACAAACAUGUAGACGAUAUUACAUUUAUAGAGAGUGUCCCGAAAAGUGCAGCUGGUAAGAUUUUAAGAAGAGUUCUUAGGGACCAGUACUGUUAG